CACGCCCAGAACCGUCUCGCGGGCGCGUGGCAGUGUGUUGCAGCAAGCGACGAACGCCCCAAGAAAUGGUCCACCCCGCCUCCUCCCGCGUGGGCAGCUCGGUGCUCGUGCGGACGCACGAGGCUCCGGCCGCCAAGGUGCGGCGCACCGCGCAGUGCGACGCCGUCGUCGCGGCGGUCGACCCGCAGGGCGGGCUCGUGUGCGUCGCUCACCUGGACUCGCUCCAGCUCUUUGCCGCCGAGGAGCCGCUGGCGCCGCGCGCGCUCACCCCGACCGGCGUGGUGCGCAGCGUGUGCUUCAGCCGGUGCGGCGGCGUGCUCCUCUCCGGCGGCGACGACAAGGCGGUGCGAGCCUGGGACGUCACUGCCGACGCCGCGGCCGCGCCGAUCGGCACGUGGACGCACCACAAGAAGAUUGGGUGCGUCGCCUUCGCGCCUCUCCCGGCGGGCGGCGAGACCUCGCUCCUCGGCCUCUGGGCCGACAAGUUUGGAGAAGUGUUUGCCUUUGACGUGCGCUGUCCGUCUGCGGCGCCGGCGCCGCUGCUCAAGCUCGGCCACCUCUCCCCCGUCUCGCACCUCGCCUUCACGCCCGGCGGCGGCGAGCUGGUGACGGCGGACCGGGAGGGGCACGUGCGCGCUAGCCGGUGGCCGAGCGCCGACAUCAUCGAGCGCUACUACCUCACGCACACCUCGCCCGUCGAGGUCGUGCUGCCGCUCGCCGCGAUGCCGCUGCUGCUCACCGCGGCGGGCAGCGG